CAAAUCAAAACAUAAAACAUUGCUCAUCUAUUAUAUAUUUUGUGAUUGCUCAUUACUACUGCCUAAUUCCAGUUCAUGUUAAGAUAAAAUGGAUUUAAAUAAUGUUAAAAGUUUUUUUGAGUAUGGUUCAAAAGAAGGACCAAUAAGGUGUAUAUUUUUUUGUGAAUUUCAUCCAACGGCUGGACCGAUAAUAUCUUGUCAGGUACCAGAUAAUUUCAUUUCCAAAGAAUUAUUUGACAGCAUAAGCGUUUAUAUAAUUACGAAAGCUGAAUUUCAAAGAAGUACCAUAACAGUGACUUUACAAGAUUAUAAGAUAUUAGGCUUUCCUGUGCGAAUAGAUGAUAAAAAGUAUGCUCGAAAUGCAUUCCACUUUAACUUAUGUUUUGUCUGUGAUAGUGAUGCAAGAACAGUGCAGUAUGAAUCUGUAGUUACAAAAUUAUCAGAUUAUUUAAUGGCUAUGGAAAUGGAAAGUAACUUUUUAUCGGGUGGCAAAACAAAUGUAAAGCUAAAACCAAUAUUAAAACAAGUUUUGGAAGAAUUGAAUACAAAAGGUGAAUGUGCCCUAACCGAAAGCCCAACAGCAACACAUCUCAAAGUUUGUAGAAUUCGGAGCGAUCCAGGACCAGUGAUGGAUCACCAAGUCCCUGUAUUUAUUAAGGAACUUCCUGAACAACAAUGGGAUUUAACAACUCAACAAGUAACACCUUAUAUUGAUGGUUUUAACCAUGUUGCUCGCAUAGCUGCAUUAUCUGAUGUGGAAAAUAAUUUAGUAAAAGCUUGUGUACAAAAUUUGGUAUAUUAUGGUGUGGUUGCGUUAACACCUUUAUUUCAAUACGGAAAUGUAUAUUGUACAACACCAAAGUUAAAAAUGUUAGCACAAGAUGUGGAAUUGCAGAGUAAAUGUUUACAGUAUGUUGCUAAAUCGCAGAGACAGCUACCGACACUAAGAGAUGUCUUUCGAAUGUAUUCAGCUAUGACAAGAGGAACUACAGUAAGAGAUUUAUGUAUACGGUUUAAUCCACCAAAUUUAAGAAUAAAUGAAAGAAAGUUAGUUCAAUUUGGAAUUCUCCAUGAUAUUAUCAGAAGAGUACAUAAGUACCCUAUUUUAUUUACCGAUCAGCCUGACUUACAGAAGAGUCUAUCAGGUUCUUCCAGUUUGGAUGAAAUAUGUUGUGCAACUGGAGUUACUACCCAACAUUUGGAAGAUCAGUUAGAAAGAGAUCAUAAUGUUAUUUUACUUUGGAAGUGAAGAUAAACAUUUAUUAUUUUUGUAUUUAGAUGAAAUAUGUUAAUAAAGUAGGAAAAUUGUCACAAUAUACUUUUCAAAAUAUGUACAUACUAAUAA